GUUAUAUUAUGCGCAAGUAUUUGAAAUGUCUGAAAAUGUUGCUUUUUUAACAAACAGAGAUGGGCUUCCUAUCAGUGCUGAAACGUGGAAAUCAAUGUUUGACUUUUGUCUCAGAACAAACAAAGAGUGUGAGAGGGAAAUAGCCGACUUGUUGGAAUCUUAUCAGAGUCAUGAUUUUCAAAAAGUCCCUCUACCCCUGUUCAGAAUAAAUAAGACUGAAACACCUGAAGACCUUAUGGAAAAGGUUCAGUGCUAUCUAAAUAAACUUGGAUAUAAUUAUACUGGUAUGCAAUUUUUUCAAAUCAAUCGAAAUGCACCAAUUGAAAGGUAGACAAAUUGAAUUGUAUUUCAAUAUGUAAAUAUUUUGUUAAUAUUACAUCUUGUAUAGACUUAGAGAAGUUGUAAAAGUGAUGAUAAAAGCUGCACUACCAAUUAAAUGUUUAGAAGCUACUAUAUUAUCUAUAUUUCUUACACAAGGACAAGAAUAUUUCAAACGAUUUACUAUAUCCUUUGUAUCAGAAUUCAAUGGGAAUAUUUUCCGACAUGUUGUGUUAGGAAUAUGUUCAGUUAACAGUGUAUUCGGUGCACUGGGUUUAAGUAGACGUGAAGAUUUGAUGUACAAACCGUUAAAUUAUCCAAGUUUAUCGUCAUUGAUUAAUGAUUUUGUUAACGCUUAUCGUGGUCAUCAUCAUAAAUUGAUCAAGGUGAAAAUCGGUAUACCUAUACCGCAUAGACCAUAUGUACUAGAAAGAAUUCAUUGGAAGGGUAUAAGUAUUUCAUUCAGAAAAGGAUAUUGUACAAAUGAGAUCAAUACUAUGCUGGAUCGUUAUUCACGUUUUUUACGAGGUUCUACUGAUGUGAUAAUUAAAAGGAAUCUACCAGCACUUUUACCAAAAAUAUCUCCUGGUUCUUGUGCAACAGCAACAAAAGGACAACAAGCAACUACAUACAAUAAAGUUAUACGUUUAAAUAUGGUUCGAAAUAAAACUGAUUAUGUGACACCAUCAUUUACAAAUCCAACAGACAAAUGGAUCUGUAUUUCAAAUUCACCGUUAACUACUUCAAUAUCUCAAAGGAAUCCUAUUUUAAUGAAUUCUUAUCAGAUACGGAUAUGAAGAUCUAAUUACUAUGAUCUGAAGUAAAUAUGACGUAUUUUAUGAAGUAUGGGAUACAAAUCCUCUAUGUAUACAAAAAUUAUCCUAUACAAUGAGAGAAGAAAUAAAUUACUGUAAUACAAAAAAAA